UGUCAAUAUAUCUGUGUAGAAUCUCUAGUAUAGAACGUUGACGACAUCCUCUUAUUUGUUACAAAAAAGAUUUCCGGACAUGUACGACGCUGGACUGCAAGAGGCCAGCCCGCCAUACGCCCUCUUUCUGGGUAGCUGUGGGGCUGCUUGUGCCAUCAUAUUCCCGGCCCUGGGAGCCUCCUACGGCACUGCUGUAUCCGGCAUGGGCAUUGCCCAGAUGGCCGUCUCCAAGCCAGAGAUGCUGAUGAAGUCCCUCAUACCGGUGGUCAUGGCCGGCAUUAUCGCCAUCUAUGGCCUGGUCGUCUCCGUGCUGAUCGCGGGCUCCAUUAGAGACAGCUACAGCAUUCACGAUGGCUACAUCCAUCUCGGCGCCGGCCUGUCCGUGGGCCUGCCCGGACUCGCUGCAGGAUUCGCCAUUGGCAUUGCUGGGGAUGCCGGCGUGCGCGGAACGGGCCAGCAGCCGCGUCUCUUCGUCGGCAUGAUACUCAUACUCAUCUUCGCCGAGGUGCUGGGUCUCUACGGGCUGAUCGUAGCCAUUUAUUUGUACACGAAGAUGUAGGCUUCUCCAUCACAUGGGAACUGCCUCCUCAUU